AUGUCUAGUCAUAUCAGCAUGGACCUUGGGUUCAUUCCCAAGCGGCCCCCAUUCCGCGACAGUACUAGUAAUGCUGGUGUCAUGAUGACCGGACUGUUCUCAACAUCUAGUUGUGUUAUGUCAAAUCAGUCAUUCCGCACUGAGCGUGACACGUUCGGUGAUCUCCAGGUCCCUGCCGAUCGCUAUUGGGGCGCACAGACACAGCGGUCACUACAAAAUUUUGAUAUUGGUGGCCCUUCGCAACGACUACCCCCUCCUCUGAUCAAGGCCUUCGGUGUGCUGAAGAAGGCUGCAUCCAUCGUUAAUGUCAGCUAUGGCAUGGACCCUAAGGUCGGCGAAGCCAUUCAAAAAGCUGCUGAUGAUGUCAUUUCUGGGAAGCUUAUGGACCACUUCCCCUUGGUUGUCUUCCAAACUGGAAGUGGAACUCAAAGCAACAUGAACGUAAACGAGGUGAUUUCAAAUCGUGCGAUAGAACUCCUUGGCGGCGAACUUGGUUCAAAGAAACCAGUCCAUCCCAAUGACCACGUUAACAUGAGCCAGAGUAGUAAUGACACCUUCCCAACAGCCAUGCACGUCGCCGCCGUGACUGAAAUUAACCAUUCGCUGCUUCCGGCAUUGACGGAACUUAGGGACGCACUCAAUGAAAAGGCCGAGAGUUUCAGCAGCAUUAUCAAAAUCGGACGGACACACUUGCAGGAUGCCACUCCCCUAACGCUUGGUCAAGAGUUCAGCGGAUAUGUCCAGCAAAUCGAUAAUGGCAUCGCUCGUGUCCAAAAUGUCAUUCCCCGCUUGAGCCUCCUUGCUCAGGGUGGAACUGCUGUUGGCACAGGUUUGAACACUAAGAAGGGCUUUGACGUGAAAAUUGCCGCCGAGAUCUCCACGAUCACAGGCUUGAAGUUCCAGACCGCACCCAACAAGUUUGAAGCUUUAGCCAGUCACGAUGCCCUGGUUGAGGCUCAUGGUGCUCUGAAUGUCAUCGCAUGCUCCCUAAUGAAGAUCGCCAAUGACAUUCGGUUCCUUGGUUCUGGUCCUCGUUGUGGCUUCGGUGAACUUAGUCUCCCCGAGAACGAGCCUGGCAGUAGUAUUAUGCCUGGCAAAGUCAAUCCCACGCAGUGCGAGGCUGUGACAAUGGUCGCUGCUCAAGUCAUCGGUAAUCAGACUGCUGUUAGCGUCGCUGGAGCCAGCGGACAGUUUGAGCUCAACGUCUUCAAACCGGUCAUAAUCAUGAACGUGUUACAAAGUAUCCGUCUUCUUUCUGAUGCAUCACGCUCGUUUACGAAGCACUGCGUGGUUGGCAUCCAGGCCAAUGAAAAACGUAUCAACCACCUCCUGAACGAGAGUCUGAUGUUGGCAACGAUCCUAAACAGUCAUCUUGGCUAUGAUAACGUGGCCAAAUGCGCAAAGAAAGCACACAAGGAAGGAACGACGCUGAAGGAGGCUACGAUUGCGCUUGGAUUCCUGAAACCCGAGGAGUUCGACGAGAAAGUACGCCCAGAGCUAAUGUUAUACCCAGAUGACAUAUAGUCAUAUUCCAUGACCACCCGGAUGUAGAGUUUUGAUAUACCUGCUUCGAAGGCGAUGGAUUUGCUGCGUAAUAUUAUGGAACUAUCAGAUCAGGAAAUUUGAAAGAGUCUUUGACAGAAUCUACCUCCGAGUCAACCGCGGUGAAAACCGUUUGAAACAUAAGAAAGCAAUGCCAAAGUAAUGUCAUAAAAUAUGUAAAUCCAAGUUCGAUAAGGAUGGGUGGUGUGAAGAUCUAUGGG